AUGUCUGCCAACCUACAAACUAAACUAGAAAACUCCCUCUAUGAAGUACUUAAAACAGCGGGUUUCAUAUUCGAAGUAAUUAAUAAUAACAAAAAGCAAAGUGCCUUGAUAACAGGCCCCAAUAAUCAACUAAUACAACCGACAAUUAUUAAGCAACUCACAAAUCACAUUAAUGAAUUCGAUUCGAUACUUGACGAAACGAUUUUCAAGUUUAAUGAUGCAAAAUGGUGUAUUGAUACGAUGAUAGAGAACAAACAAAGGCAGGAAGAGAUGAAGAUCAAAGAAGAGCUUGAGAGGCAGAAACGAGAGGCUGAGGCGAAGCGGUUGAAAGAAGAAAUGGAGGCCAAGAAACGAGCAGAGGAAGAGGCGGCAGCAAAGGCAAAACUAGAAGCGGAAGCUAGAUCAAAAGCAGAGGCAGAAGCAAGAGCCCAGGCGGAAAAAGAGGCUAUUGAGAUUGAACGACAACGAAAGGAGGAGUUGGAAAAAAGGGAGAAAGAGGAGAGAGAAAAGAGAGAGGCGGAAGAAAAAGCCAGAAAAGAGGAGCAGCUGCAACGGGAACAACUACAGUCUGCGAACCAAGCGCUGGAACAUUUUGAAAACUUUGAUGAUUUGAUGGAUUUCAAUAUGGAUGACUUAGGACAAAACGAUGACAGAGCUAACAUUGAUGACCAAAACGACUUUUUAUCUUCCAUGAAUUACGACAAUUUGAAUAUGAAUAUGCCCUUGGAGGAUACCAAUAAAGUUGAUAACAGUGUGUUUGAUGAUUUCAAUAUUGAAGACCUAGAUACUGGCAAUCAAGUUGUGGAUAAAGUGGCGAAUAACAAUAAUGCUCAGAAGGCGGUAGAUGAUAAAAAUGAAUCAAUACAACAGAAUAAGCUACCAGAAAACGGAGAUGAUAUGGAUUUGGACAUGAACAAUUUAUUAGGAAAUGAUGAACUGAUACUAGAUGGUUUGAAUAUGAGUUUAUUAGAAGGAGGUUUCGAUGCUGGUGACAAUGGAAACAAUGCCAACAAUGCACAGAUAGGUGAUGAGUUCGAUGUGGACAAUUUCUUGAAUCAAUUUGGUAAUUAA